GUUGGGGUGGAAGGAGCGGGCAGACAAGCGUCGCUGGAUCGGCCGGCACCCAGGUGGAAGGCAGAUCGGGCGACCGAGGCCGCUUCUCCGCGCUGUUAAAUGUAUUUCAUCGGCCCGAGGAUCAACUGAGAGGAAGAUGUCGCGGAGCCUGUGGAUGGGCGAUUUGGAAAAUUACAUGGAUGAAAAUUUCAUCUCGAGGGCAUUUGCUACAAUGGGCGAAACUGUAAUGAGUGUGAAAAUCAUCCGAAACCGAGUGACUGGGACACCAGCAGGUUACUGCUUUGUGGAGUUUGCAGACCAGGCUACUGCAGAACGAUGUCUGCUGAAGAUUAACGGGAAAAAACUUCCAGGUGCCUCACCUCAGCCCAGAAGAUUUAAGCUUAACUAUGCCACUUAUGGGAAGCAGCCAGAUAACAGUCCUGAAUACUCAUUGUUUGUUGGAGACUUAACACCAGAAGUGGAUGAUGGAAUGCUUUACGAGUUUUUUGUUGAAAAGUAUCCCACGUGUAGAGGAGGGAAAGUGGUAUUGGACAAUCUGGGAAACUCCAAAGGCUAUGGCUUUGUGAAGUUCUCAGAUGAAGCUGAACAGAAGCGUGCCCUUGCUGAGUGUCAAGGCGCUAUUGGCAUCGGAGGAAAAGCUUUAAGACUUAGUGUGGCAAUACCAAAAACAAAUCGUGUAGUGAAGGCACCCGACUACAGCCAGAUGUAUACCUACAACUACAGCCAGUACUACCAACCAUACCAGAAUUACUAUACUCAUUGGGGGUAUGAUCAGUACACUGGAAGUUACAGCUACAGCUACCAACAGUAUGGUUAUACACCAAGUACCAUUCAGAGUUAUGAAGAAGUUGGAGAUGAUGCUCUGGAAGAUCCAGUUCCUUACUUGGAUGUUGAAGAAGCUAAUGCACAAUUCAUGGAACAGAGUGAAGAGUUCUACGAUGCCCUAAUGAAUUGCCAUUGGCAGCCAUUGGACAGUGUUGUAUCUGAAAUCCCUGCCUCGGCCCUGGCCUAGCCACUAGAAAACCAUGAAAAUACUAGAUACUCCAUGGGAUUGUAUUUUUCUAUAUCCUUUCACUCUUUAAUAAGGUUCCUAUUGUGAGAAAAUGGACUUAAAAUGCUGCACCCUCUUUCUCUAGUUUUAUCCAAGGUUUUAAGCAAAUAAUUUCAAGAAAUGUUUUUUUUUAAGAAUAUUAGAAUUAGAGCUGUUAAAAUAAUUAAUUUGUUUUGCUCUGGAAUGUUUUAAGUGUGAUUAUAAAUAGGAGCAAGAGCCAGAAAUGUUAUGUGGUAUUCUCAUAACCAAGUGUAGAGGUUCAUAAUUCUAUGUGAAUCGCAACACCAGAGAGUGCCUUACGGUUCUUUGUUGCAUAUGUUACUACUUCUGCGCAAGGGAAAGGAAGGAAAGGUACGUUGCAUCCAGAGUUUCUCCGGGUUAGCGGACGAUUUCCCUCCACGCCUCUCUGACCUAGUGGGGAACCGCGUACGAGGUAAGUUACAGCAGUGGUUUGCCAUUGCCUUCUGCUGGGUGAGUUUCCAAAGAGAUCACCAGCUCGUAACCCAGCACGGAUGGAAAGUGUACAGGGGAGCCGGCUGGAUUCGAACUCGGAACCUUUCGUCCCGAAUUCUGACACUAAUGCCACUACGCCCCCAGCCGGGUCACUUCUGCGCAAUAUUGAUUUUAAAUCUAGCAAAUUCAAAUGCCCACUGUCACAAAGAUUCCUCAUAUAAGAUCUGAAUUUUUGCAUAAAGUGUUGCAUUUAUCAAUGAAAGUUUUAUGAUGUUAUUGCUGUUCACACUUACAGGCUGAUACAGUAUAUUGUGCGUGUGUGCGGGCGUUUAUGUUAUGAAUUUUAACAUUGCUCACCUUCUGGGCUUUUGUGUUAAAAAUCUACCUGGGUAAGCUAAAAAAAAGUGUCAUUGUGGACCUUUGAAUGGUAUAGGAUUCUGUUUUGAUUUUAAGAUUAUCAGAAUAAAGGACGAAAUGGAGGUUGUGAUCAAAGUGAGUGUAGGACAUUGUUACUGGUAUAAGUUCUUCUCAACAUCUACCUCCAAAGCACAGGUGAUUACAAACUUUGAAGCAUGGGGUCAGAUUUGCUUCCAGCUUUCAGAAAUGCAGAACCCCAGCUGAAGUUACUAGCUAUAGUUUAAAGAAAAAGAUAAGUAAUGUUAAUGAACAAUAUUUUGUUUAUUCUGCCUGUGCAUCUCGCCGAAUUUUAUUUUUGGGUAUUUUCCAGCGUUGUUUCUAUGACCUGGUUACUCACUACUGAGUAGGACUCUAGAUUUGUAAAUUUAUAUAAAAUAAAGAUAUGGUAUAGUGUGAAAAUUUAUUUGUUAAUAGAAAAAGUGUCAGGAAUUUAUUUAAGAACAUUAAGUCCUGCAUGCAAGCGUUGAUGUUUACAUUUUCCUAGUUAUGCUUUUGUUGAUUUUUCAAUUUUACGAUAUGCGAGAAGCCUGUAAAAGCAAAAUUUAUUUUGUAAACUAAAAAUA